UAUAAACGCUCUUGUUCUGGACACUCGACACAAAGACCUUUGCUUGAAUUCUGGUUCAGUAGCAGCACACGGUCCAACCUGGUCAAAUCAUGACGACAGCAGUUUGUGUAAUUAUUGCCUUUUUGGCAGUGACCAUACACGCACAGGGCAUGCCUUCAUCAGCUCAGAACAGUGUCGGGUACGAUAUGAAAGCCUCCAACGUCCCCCUCGGUAGCACCGUCAACGGCAUACCACUCGCACCUACACAGCAUCCGAGCCCGAUGCCAGGCGCUCUCUUGUCCCAUGCCAGUAAUGUCUUCAAUAACAACCACCCGACGGCUGCCACCAACAAUCAACACGCCAACAACGCUGCCCAGUCCCCCAUGAACUAUCUCCCGUUCAUGAUGGGGGGUGACAACGGGCGCAGGAUGGCCAUGUACAGCAUGAUGAUGAACCCAAGGCAGUCCAACAAUAUGAUGCUCCCUUUCGCCAUGAUGAACGGCGUCGACAACAUGUGGCCCAUGAUGGCUCUCAUGAACAAUCGCAACCAGAGAGGUGGACAAGGCUUCGACCCCAUGACGAUGAUGUUGCUUGGAGGCGAGAUGAUGUAACCACGACCCUACGACUGUAAUAAUUUAUCCAUUUCAUGUCACCUAUUUAUUGAAGAAUGGACGUCCCAACUAUUUCCGACCUCUGAUUCAUAUAUUGUAUUUCAAUUUAAAAAAU